AGGGUAACCAUGAAACCAGUCGCUAUUUCUCUUUCUCUUCUUCUCCUGGUUACGCUACUUCCCGGUUCAGAGCAGCGAAAAGUUGACAACCCGGAUUUCCAGCCAAAUUGUUUGGUUGGAGGACCAGAUAUUUAUGAUCCAGCACAAUCGGAGAAGGUCCUCUGGUUUGAUGUGAACCUUGAUCUUCCACCUCGUCAGCGUUUCCAGCAAAUUGCAAAAGCCUACAAAAAAGAAAUUCAUGCAGUCUUCGAUGUCCUUAAUUACUUCCUUACCAUCAUCCCAGGAGUAAAUGCAUGGGAACUCAUUGGAAACAUGACUGCCAGUGCCUUGGACAAAGGAAUGAUCAUGAACCCCUACAGAGACGAGGUUCUCGGAAUCGCCGAAGUGCUUGACGUACCACUGGGAAACUUGGUUUUCUUGAAUCUUUUCUACGAGAUGUCAAGAUUCUGUACAUCAAUUGUGGCUCAAACCGAGGACAAUAAAGAUUUGUAUCACGCUAGAAAUUUGGACUUUGGACAGCUUUUCGUAUGGGAUAUUGCCGCUCAAUCAUGGGGAUUGACUGAGGCAUUGAAGAAAGUCAGUGUCAACAUCAAUUUCUUCAAGAAUGGGAAAUUGUUGUUCAAAGGAUCUACUCUUGCCGGGCACGUUGGAGUUUUGACAGCCAUGAAACCACACAAAUUCUCAUUGUCCAUGAACGCCAAAGUCCAGCCUGAUAUCAUCAAUGUUGCCAAAUGGUACAUGGGAGCUUAUGAGAACACUGAUCUUCAAUUCGUCAUGUACUUUGAUCGCUGGCUAUUCGAAAACUGUGACGAUUUCCAGUGUGCUCGCGAAAAGAUCGCCGGUGUCAAACUGUUGACAGGCGCUUAUUUCAUUCUCGGUGGAGCCAAUCCGGGUGAGGGAAGUGUGCUCGUGAGAAACACGACAUCAGUUCAAUUUGAGAGGAAGUUAUUCGAUGGAGCUAACGAUUGGUUCUUGUUGCAGACUAAUUAUGAUCCUGAUAAGGAUCCACUUUUUAUUGACAACCGUCGUGACCCUGGAAACGCCUGCAUGAAUAAGCUUACUCGCGCCAAUGUUGGAAUGAAGGGAAUCUUCACGGUGCUCUCCUCCAAGCCAAAUCUUAACAAGACUACUGUCCACACUGUCAUUAUGUCUGUCACCAAGGGCUACUUCGAGACUUUUAUUCAAAAGUGUCCGAACCCAUGUUGGGCUUUCUAAUCGGUCCGAAAAUCAACAAACAUAAAAAUAAAUGUUCAUUAAUAAAUUCUAUGAGUCUAU